AUGUCUCGCGAUACAUAUACGCCGAUCUUCUCAUCGCCUCUAAAUCCUUCCUCUUCUUCCGAGGAUGGUCAAGCCAAGCGGACCAAGCCUACCCCCAACCCAGCUUCGACCCGGUGCAAACGCAUGCCUAGCCCGUCCCAGAGACUGAUGCGAAAGAAAGCCGCCGAGGCUUGGAAGUCAGAAGCCCUUCAGCGCCAGGUCGCCGAGUAUGAGCGCCAAACAUUGGAAGCCUUAUCGGCCAAGAGUCCAUCCCCAGCGCGACCCUUAGCACACAAACCCAAGGGCCUGAGGGAUGCCCAAGAAGGAGACAAACCACGGCGGAAAAGCCUGACAGAACAGUUGCCUUUCCUCCAAGGUCUAAGUCUUGGCGUAAUGAUGCCCGAUAGAUGGAAUCGGCCCGUCAAUCCGAUAUGGAUAUUCUCGCCAAAAAAGACGAAAUAG